AUGUCAUCUCCCGGCCCCUCCUCGCCACCAAGAACCGCUCCUCAAUCCCAAACCCCCUCCUUCAUCGCAGGCACAACGGUGGAAAAUACACCCAUUCAACAAUGUACUGCAGAAACUGUUGUUUCAACUCUUCCCUUCCUCACCGGAACAACAGUAGAAAAUACACCCAUUAGGCCGCCCACGACAGACAAUGUCAUCUCAGAUCCACCAGUGUUAUCGGGAGUAAUGCUCGAAGGCGAGGAAAACAUAUCUGAUAUAUUAUCCACACCUAGUCUCACAGAUGAAGAAGAGGGCAAUGGUUUGGUAGUGGAAUUGCCGACUCUAGUUGCCGAUUCGACUAGUCAUGACCGUGACGUCGUAGAGAGAAGCGUGGAGAUUCCGGAGAGUGAAACGUUUGAUAAUCAUGAGUUUAGCUCCUCGCUCUUUGAUGCUGCUGCAGCCGGGAUGAAUGUUGGGUGUGGGGAGGGUUUUACGGACGAUCAGAAGAUUGGACGAAAUGGUGCUAGUAUUGAGGAUGCAACACCUGCGGAGGAAGACGUGGUUAGUCAGGGAGUGGAUGCUCAUGAGGAAGAGGAGGGCAGUGGGGAAGUGAUACCAGAAGUUCCUGAUUCCGAGGGAACAUCUAACGAGCUGGAAUCGCCUAUCCAGAAGCCAUUGGGGCCGGAACAGGUACUGGAAAACGAGCCUGGGGAGUAUGGGACGAUCCAUUCUACCAGCUCGGUGAAAGUAGGCGUGAUAGAACCUGCACCUUCUAGUACCGAGGGAUUUAGAGAAGAAGAACAAAGCCUUCAAGUGGUUGCGAACACGGAAACCGAUCAUGUCGCAACGGAUUCGCUCGGGGGUGCAGUACAUACCGUGAUAUCAACUGCGGAGGAUCAGGAGCUUCGAACCCGAAUAUCUAACAAAACGACAAACGCUGAUGGGGAAAUUGAAGAUAUAUCAUCUACGAUGGCGGUCGAUGACCAGUAUGUUGAGCAGGAAACUUCAGGUCUAUCAAAAUAUAUAGUAGCUUCUAAGCAACUAAGGGAGUCUACGGAGGCAUCUGCAGCACCAAUAGAGCGCGCCCAUCUUGAUACACAUUCCUUACCUGGCUCAUCUGGAGAAAACAAGAUCUCGACCACUCCAGCAAAAGGAUUGAAAACUAAAUAUGAAAAGUUAGCCCCCAAUAACACUCCAUCGCAAGGGGCUACGGAGGUAGGCUUUCUACCGCAGUUCAUAUCGCCAGCAAAGGGUGAUGUCAUCAUGAAAGAUGUCCCUCAUACAGCCACUGAUGAGGACCUUUUAAAUCCUCCCUCGUCGCUAUCGAUUAAUCUCCAAAAUUCAAGCACAAUAGCCGAUAUAGCCCCCUCCGCACCUAGGUCAACCUCUCUAGUCUCGUUCCAAGAUCAAAAUAUCACACAGGUGCCAACAUUCUCGGAAGCGCUCUCUACGCCUGCUAAAAGAACAACCCCUCUUCCUUCUUCCGCGAAGCAGAACCCAGUUCCGGAUUCUAAGUCGUCUGCGGCUGCUGAUGAGAACUUCUCUCCUAAUAAAGACCAGUUAUUGAUGGCUGAGUUGAAGGCUAUGAAGAUCGCCUCAAUCCAAGCCCGUAACGUGUCCCUCAAAGCAGAAAUUGCCCGAACCCGAGAAAGGACCCAAGAUAUAGCCGAAACUUUGACCGCACCUGCCUCUGAGACGGUAAAAUCCCACAUCAAGCUUUUGCACGACUACAACGAUAUCCGGGAUGUGGGGCAGGGUCUUAUAGGCAUGAUUGCGGACAAUAGGGGAGUGAGAGUUGGGGAGUUGUAUAAGGAGUUUGGGGUUGGGUUGAAAGAUUGA